AUGUCGAACAACAGCACCCUCCGCUGCCUCGGCCCGGAUGCCAUUGCCAGCGAGGCAACCGACCCCGUCCCGAAGGACAUCAACUAUGUGCUGGUCCCCGGCACCAAUGUCUCGGCGCCCUGGAUGGUCGAGUGCUGCACGCCCAACCCGGUCAGCCUGAUCGCCGGGUGCUACGUGUGGUGCGAGAUCCCCGCGAGUCGGGUCUUCGCGGGGAAGGACGGCAAGUUGGACACGGACAUCGACUCGUGCAUGAGAGCGAAGGGGCGGGCAGUGAAUGAGUCGAGCAUCACAGCGUACCAUGUUGUGAAUGGGGCGGCUUAUGGGAGGGUGGCGGCGGCGAGGAUGGGGAUGAAAGGGCUGGGGGUUUGGGUGUUGUUGGUGAGCGUGUUGAUGGGGAUCCGGUGA